UGGCAAAUGUCAAAUUGUCUUUAAAUUUUAAAUUUUCGAUUCAAGUUUUCUUUAAGUUUUGUUCGUAACUUGUAUUUUCUAAAACGAAAUGCAUCGCUGGUUUUUCGCCGACGAGGAACUUAUUCGCAAGGAACCAACACCAAUACCCACACCCGCAUCCCCAACACCAACUACUUCGUUGAGCUCGGUGAUAUCAGAAUCUCUGUGGAAAUUCACGGUAAAAUAUGAUGGAAAAUUAUGCUACAAUGAAAUUGUGGCUCUCAGCGGCAGCAUAGAAGCCUUAGGCAGCUGGCAGUUACAGCAAUGUGUGCUUUUAACACUUUUGGAGGACUUAAACUGCCCGGGUCUAUGGACUGCCUCAAUCAGUUUACCACGUAAAGAUGAUAUACGCUACAGAUAUUUAAUAUGUGCUCACAAUGGGCGUGGUCAUAGAAUUGUGCGGUUUUGGGAAGCUCAUAAGGGCGGGCGUGUAAUACGACGUGAAGAUGAACAGGAGCAUGAGGCCAUGUCGUUCGAUGUAUUUGGCAUGCAAAAUGGUAUAUAUCAAAUAGAAAGAGGCUGGAUUGGACUUCAUGCUGUGGGGGUUCAAUUUAAAUUGCACGGAAAUCCUUUCCAUAUGAAAACACAUGAGCUGAAGGAUGCGACUUACUUGUACUGUGUAAAACUUAGUCCCAUGAAGAUAAAAACCCGAAGUGAUUGUGGGAAUGGGAAAAUGUCCCGAUUAGUUUAUAGCGAUUCAAAGGUACAACAGAAAGAGGAUCCAUCAUCGAGGGCCAGUUUCGCCUUUUGUGAAGUUGCCUCUAUGGGCCCUAAAGGCAAUGGAGAAUUUAGAAGCCAGUCUAAAUAUGGCACACCUUGUGACCCCCAAGAGAUUCUCAUGUUCCAUUUGACUUUGGAUGAUUUACCCAACACUGCCUAUUUAAUUGAGCUUUACACCAUCCCCCAAAAAGCUGCGGAGGAUAUUCCACCCUAUCAUAUUGGUUAUCAAUAUGUGCUGCCGCAAUAUUUGCAUGGCGCUGAAGGCAAUCUUCACAUGACCAUCUUAUGUGCCACCAAACAUCGUCCGAUUGGUGCCUUAUCCUUGGAUUAUUUGCUAAUAAAACCUUUGCCAGGUUACGAAUUUCUCUUAAAUGACUCCCAGCAACGUGAAUGCAAGAGACAACACCAAGUCUUAGAUAUAGGACAUCGUGGAUGUGGAAAAAGUUUUUGGUGCAAAGACAAUAUUCUACGAGAAAAUACUCUCCACUCUUUUCAAAAGGCUGUGGAACAUGGAGCCGAUAUGAUUGAAUUCGAUGUUCAACUCACUCAAGACCGAGUACCCAUUGUCUAUCAUGACUUUCAACUUUACAUUGUCAACAAGGAUGAAUUAAGCAAAAAGGAAUACGAUGUAAUGAAACUAUUUUUGCAUAAAAAGGAAAUCAGUGUUGUCAACAGUUACGUUAAAGUUCUGAAAUCGGGCGUUAAAGUUCUGCCUGUGAAUAAACUUUCGCUUCAGCAAUUACAGCAAGUUGAGGUUUAUCACAAUCCCAAGGAAAAUCAAAGAUUUAAAGCCUGUCUCGAAGAUAAAAAUUUAAGUUUACCCUUUCCUAUGCUAAAAGAAAUUCUAAAGAAGAUGCCUCCCACAUUGCCAUUCCUUGUCGAAAUAAAAUGGCCCCAGAGAUUCACAAACAAAGAAUGGGAAGAACACUUCAAACCAGACAUGGAUAAAAACGAAUUUGUGGACACUAUUUUGCAAGAGGUCUUCACUAAUGCUGGCGAUUCCAGACCCAUAAUAUUUUCCUCAUUUGAUGCCAAUAUUUGCUCCUUGAUACGCUUUAAACAAAAUCGUUAUCCUGUUGUCUUCAUUUGCCAUUCUACGGAUAGUGAUGCUGCAUAUUUGGAUCCUUUAGGUGAUACUUUGGUAAAUGCAACAAAUUUUGUCACCGCAUUGCAGCUAUGGGGGAUUGUGGCAGAUGCAGAUGCUAUUUUAAAAUCGGCUCGUUACGUAGUGGACAUGCGUAAUCGCAACAUACGAUUCUUUGCUUCGGGCUCUAGCACUAGAGAUGAAAAAAUUCGCAGAUCUUUAAAGGCCAUAGGUGUGGAUGGCAUAAUAUUUGAUCGCAUUAAUCAUGUAUUGAAUGUAGAUGAUUUAAAACAAAAUAUAUUUGUGAUUGAUGUAAGGGAGUAGUACAAGUAAAAAAUUAAUGACAAAGAAUUUUUUAAAAUAAAAAAAACUGUCUUCUGUUAA